AUGGCUGCCAGCUUACGACUUAAAUACUCAGAUCCCUUAUAUCAAACGGCUCAUGACGAGGCUUUUUCAAAGCCGCUUUUCGAGAAAAUCAAAACAGCCUUGCCACCAGAUGUGUCGGAGGAAGAGUUCGCCUUAGCUCUAGAGCAGCUCAUAGAAGCCCUUGGAAAAGAUGCCGUGUUUAGCGGCCAAGGUUUAAGGGACUAUGUCGACCCUUACGAGAUCCCCGAAGCUGGGCACGAAAGAAGCGUGCCGAGCGCGGCGGUUUGUCCAUCCUCGGUAUCGGAACUUCAAGCUGUGCUAAAGGUCGUAAACGAUCACAAAAUUCCAGUUUGGACAUUUUCCCGAGGAAAGAAUUUAGGCUACGGAGGACCGGCACCACGUGUUCCCGGAUGCAUCGCUCUAGACCUGCACCGGAUGAACAAGAUCUUAGAGGUAAACGAAAAAUUUAGCUACGCAGUAGUCGAGCCCGGAGUCACUUUCGGAGACCUGUACGAGUAUUGCUCGAAAAACAAACUCGGGGUCUGGCCAAGCACAGCUUCGCUCGGGUGGGGAAGCGUCAUCGGUAACACGCUUGAUAGAGGUAUGGGGUUCAUCCCGACCGGAGUACAUCACGAAAAUGUGGCCGGUAUGGAAGUCGUCCUCGCGAACGGCGACGUCGUCCGCACGGGUCAAUUUGCCAUGUCCAGUUCGCCGUCGGCGCAUUUAACAAAGCUGACUUUUGGCCCUACGAUUGACGGACUCUUCGUACAGAGCAAUCUCGGAAUAGUAACCAAAAUGGGUAUCAACCUGACGCCGCAACCACAGGCUUAUAUGGCCUGCUCUUUCGACGUUCCCGAGUUCGAGCACAUCGAAAUCGUUACUGACGUCUUCGGAAAACUCAGACGCAACGGUAUUUUACCGUACAUGGUAUACGUUUUCUACAUCGCAGAAUGGGCCACCAUGUUUGGCAAACAUUCGGAGUGGUGGAAAGGAGAGGGCCCGAUUCCCGACUGGAGACUGAAAGAGAUGCAGAAAGAUCUAGACGCCGGCAUCUGGACCGUGAAGUUCGGGCUCUACGGGCCGACGGCGCUCGUCAAGGCUCAGUUCGAGGAGGUCCAGCGGGUGGUAGCCAAGGAUGCUCCCGUCGGCCGUCUUCGCCAGGCCUUAUUCACUAGCGAAGACGGCGGGCUUCUUGAGGCGACAGCCGUCGAUCCGCUCUACGGCGGAAUCAGGGUGGGAAUCCCCAGCAUGUGGAAUAUACCGAUGGUGAACUAUUAUAACCUUCGCGACGACUCAGUCGGGGCUCACGGGGCAUACUCUCCCAUCUUACCCCUAGAUGGCAAGACCGUGCUGGAAUGGGCUAGGACGGCCAAGGCAAUCUGCGCCGAGCAAGGCUUUGAUUUUCUGUGCGAUUUUUUCAUGCACGAGAAGUACGCUAUAUUUGUCACUAUGCUCUGCUUUGACAAGACCAGCGAAGAGCAACGGAUCGGCGUGGAUAAAGUCUUCAAUAACCUUUUCGAACAAGGCAGCAAGCGAGGUUUUGCGAAGUAUCGAGCACAUAUUAACCACAUGGAUUUGAACGCCGACUUAUUCGAUUUCAACAAUCACGCCUACCGCCGUUUUGUGGAGACAUUGAAGGAAUCUUUGGAUCCUAACGGCAUUCUGUCACCCGGGAAGCAGGGAAUCUGGCCGCAAAGGUUGAUGAGGUUUAAGCAUUCGAACAAAACUAACGUCUAGAUGUUAGACUUGGAGUUUAGGUACGAGAGAAAAUUAGCGAGAUAUGAAGAUAGAUAGUUUCAGAUAUUUCCGUAACGUCAAUCCUUGAUUUCUUUUCUUUCUCGCUUUUAGUAUCGUAAGGUGCGUGAAAAUGGUUGUAUUGAAGUAUUGAAGUUCGGACCAGGGCUGAUAUACAUACUACUUAAGCAUAUAAUGUUCACUUAUCCAGUAUAUACCCCAAAA